AACUGAAAGGAAGGAUAACGUAGAUAUAUUGAGGACUCCUGUAAGGGGAGAAUAUGAUAUGUGGUCUACUUCCGGAUUAGGGUCCUAUGAAUUAUAUGAUCGUUCAAGAUUAGGAAGAUCUGAAUUAUUAGGACUCCCUUUAUGGGGAAAUUAUGAUUUAUUCGGAGGUGGUCAAGCAAAAUAUGAAGAAGAAAAAGAAUUAAUGGGAGCAGUUGGAGGAAGAUAUGUGGAUGAAGAGUUACUAGGAGCAGUUGGAGGAAGAAAUGUGCAUGAAGAGGUACUAGGAGCAGUUGGAGGAAGAAAUGUGCAUGAAGAGGUACUAGGAGCAGUUGGAGGAAGAAAUGUGGAUGAAGAGGUACUAGGA